GGAAACCCCCAGAUGCUGCAGCCCCUCUCCGCAGGAAUCGGUCCAUAACGGGGCCGGCCACGUUCCCUCCUUAGGGGUUUGGUUUUGGGGGUUUUUUGGGUUUUUGUUUUAGUUAUUCUGGAUUUGUUUCGUUAACUCUGGACGCAGCACACGCUGCCCCCGGGGAGACCGGCGGUUGGCAGCUGGGGCGUCCGUCUGGGUCGGAUUCCCUGCGGGGUGCGAUUGCUGAUGGUGGAACGGAAACUCCUUGUUCUUUUUGGCAGCCAAACUGGGACGGCUCAAGACACAGCCGAGAGAAUUGGCAGAGAAGCCAAGCGACGGCACUUCCAGUGCAGAGUGGAGGCGCUGGACAGCUAUGACGUGGCCAACCUCAUCAAUGAGCUGUUGGUGGUAUUUGUGUGUGCAACCACCGGCCAGGGUGACCCACCUGACAACAUGAAGAUGUUCUGGCGGUUUCUAUUCCGGAAGAACCUGCCACCCGGUUCCCUCUGCCAGCUGGACUAUGCCGUGCUGGGCCUUGGCGACUCCUCCUAUCCCAAGUUUAAUUUUGUUGCGAAGAAGCUGCACAAACGGGUGCUACAGCUUGGGGGCAACCCUCUGCUGCCGGUGGCAUUGGGAGAUGACCAGCAUGACUUGGGGCCAGAUGCAGUGGUCGAUCCAUGGCUCCUGGCCUUAUGGGACAAGAUCCUCGCCUUGUAUCCGCUCCCUCCUGGCCUUGAGAUCAUCAGUCCAGAUGUACGCCUACCCCCAAAAUACACCCUGCACUACCUGGCUGAGGACUCCCUGCACCCUGAUGGUGGCCUGCUCCAGCCGACAGCACCCAGGGCUGUUCCCUCUGAGCUGCAUCCCUUUGCUGCCCGGGUGGUGUCCAAUCAGCGGCUCACGGCAGAAUCCCAUUUCCAGGAUGUCCGGCUCAUCGAGUUCGAUGUCACGGGCUCAGGGAUCAGCUGGCGGUCGGGAGACGUAGUGAUGAUCCAGCCCCAGAACUGCCCCGAAGACGUGCAGCAGUUCUGCCAGCUCCUGCGCCUGGAUCCAGACAGACACUUUGUGCUGAAGCCCACAGAGCCCGGCACAUCCCUCCCUGCCCUAUUGCCGCAGCCCUGCACCAUCCGGCACCUGGUCACCCACUACCUGGACAUCUCCUGCGUGCCGCGGCGUUCCUUCUUCGAGCUCUUGUCCUACUUCUCUACAAACGAGCUGGAGCGGGAGAAGCUGCAGGAGUUCAGCUCUGCACAGGGCCAGGAAGAGCUGUACAGCUACUGCAACCGGCCCCGCAGGACCACUCUCGAGGCCCUCUGGGAUUUCCCUCACACUACGUGUGCCAUUCCACCCGAAUACCUGCUGGACCUCAUCCCUCGCAUCAGACCCCGCGCCUUCUCCAUCGCCUCCUCCAUGCUGGCUCACCCUGACCGGAUCCAGAUCCUCAUGGCAGUAGUGCGGUACAAGACACGGCUCAGCAAACCCCGCCGUGGUCUCUGCUCUACCUGGUUGGCUUCUCUCAACCCAGAGCAAGGUGAUGUCCGGGUGCCUCUUUGGGUGAAGAAAGGAGGAAUGAAGUUCCCAGCUGACCCUGACACCCCCGUGAUCAUGAUUGGCCCUGGCACAGGGGUGGCACCUUUCCGAGCAGCGAUACAGGAGCGGGUGGCACAAGGAUGUAGAGGGAACUGCUUGUUCUUCGGCUGCCGCCAGAAAUCCAAGGACUUCUAUUGCCAGACAGAGUGGGAAGAGCUGGCUUUCCAAGUCUUUGAUGAACAGGAGCAGCACUGCAGAGGUUUAUUGGAUGACCAGUCUGCCUUUUUUCUGAUGGCUCACACAGUGAAGGGUGGACCUGCUGCUCCCCAAAUCUGGAGAGCGUCUCCAGAGCCUCCUCCUGCCCUCGCAGACUCUGGAGGGUUGGGACUUGCAUUGGAGUGUGCUCCCGGCCUCCCUUCUCUGCAUGCUUCGGGGGGCGAAGCAGUUUGUCAUCAGGGUCUUCUGCCACUGUGUCCUUGCAGUGCCGCACAGGGAGGCGAGUGGGAGCGCAGCCAGGAGGAGAAGGUUUAUGUUCAGCACCGCAUCCAGGAGAACCGAAGGCUGGUGUGGGAGCUGCUGAGCAGCCGGAGUGCUCAUGUCUACCUGGCUGGGUGA